AUGACCGAGGUGGAAGUGGGUGAAGGCGAGGACUGUAUGUUUGCGACCUUGUGGGCAGCGGCGAGUUCGGCGCCUCCCGCGCCUCCGCAGCUCUACCAGCAACAAGCGCCGCCGCACUUGCAAAACUUUCAAAACAUUGGCCCAAUUGAUUAUUAUGUCGACAAUCAAGAAGCGCAUCAAUACUACGGUCAACCGCUGCAAAAACAAGGAGGCAAUCCAAACCCACCACCAGCUCGCCUGGAGAGCCUGGAGCCAGAUAGCGAAGUAGAACUGAUACCAGGAGCACAGCAACCGCAACAGCCUCCACAGCAGACACCUGUAGCACCCGGCAAUGGAAUAAUUCCUGGACGCGUCUUCAUUGUCCACAUGCCAGUCCCGGGUUACAGACCUGGCACAAUCGGUGGAUACCAGCCAGUAUAUGUGGUAGCUGCAGCCCCACAAGGGAACACUGCGUAUGCGCCUAAUGCGGUGCCAAAUGGUUACCAAAACGCAGUGCUCAUAAAUCCAUCCGGGCAAGUGAUUUCCCCAUUCUUCGGAUACCCCGGUGCCGUACAGCAGUCCAUAGCACCUAACUCAGGCCUGCUGCUAGGGGCCCCCCUGCAUUAUGGGAGGGAGUAUGAACAACUCUAUCAGGGACCUCCAGGAGUGCCAGCGUACGCUUACGGCCCUCCUGGUGGACCCCAAGGACCAGGGCCGGUUCCAAGGGCGAAUCCUCAAGGCGUAGUGCAGCUCGCUCAGCUGAUCAAACUGCAGGGCCAAUCGCAGGGGGUUAAUGGACCCAGAACUCCCGCAGAAGCGGCAUCAAGCUCGGACCCAAAACGAGUAGGAGAAGCUGAAAGCGGGGAGAGCAAGGAGACAGUGCAAGAGGCUGCACCAGAGCCCCGACGCAAUGCGCGACCUCUACCACCGCACGCUCAGGGCAGAAAUAAGGCUUAGAUAAAACAAGACUAUGUGUGAAGGACGUCAGGGUGAAUUAAGCAGUAUUA